AUGAAAGAGCUAUGGGCGGUUAGGGCUUUAUUGGGGCGGCGGGUGUGUGGCGGCGAUGCCGGCGGGAGGCGGGCGCAGUCAGAUGGUGGGCAGGUGGGCGCGCUCGGGCGGCUUGUGGCGCGGCGCCGCGCGGCCGCACGCCAGCGCCGGCAGCAGCGGCGACGACUGCACCUGCGCGCCCCCACUCUCUUCACCGCCACAGCUCGAUUCACACAUGAAAAGCGGUUCUUCUCUGGACAGGUC